UGUAUAUGUAGCUUAUUUCCUUUUAAUCUUUCUGGUGCAUCCAUUUAUCGUUUAUGGAAACGAAAUUUUCCCUAUCUUAAGAAACAUCAACCAAUCAAAAUGUAUUUCUUACUAAUAUUUGGUGGAACGAUGAUGUCCAUAUUGACUACUACUACAGUUGCUGGAGGAAUAUUAGACAUAGUGGAUGAUAUCCUACCUGUCACCACUUCCUUCUAUCGAGAAAAGGAUGGACAUCGAAUGGUAGAAGUAAUAGAAGUGAAUACAUAUAUUGGAGGAAAGAAAUUAGUUGACUGUUUCUUAUACGGCGAUAACUACAUCAUUGAGAAGAUGCUAGAAGUGGUUCCCAAGAAGCUUGUGAAGGUGGUACCUAAAAAAGAUAUAAGCAAGUUAGUUAACCAAUGUAAUGAGUUGUUAUACAAAAAAAUACGAGAAAAUGCAUUUGAUAUUAUUAAGACUCCGUUCGACUUUGCUAGAAAAAUAUUUAAAAGUUUUCUCAUAUUUCCAGGUACAAAAUGGUGUGGUGCUGGAGACGUUGCUGAUGACUACGAUGAUCUCGGACCGGCCACAGAAACUGACAUGUGUUGUAGAACUCAUGAUCAUUGUAACGAUAGCAUUACAGGAUUUGAAACCAAAUACAAAUUAAAGAAUAAGGAUUUUUAUACAAAAAGUCAUUGUGAUUGUGAUAAUGGAUUUCAUCAAUGUUUACUUGACGGAGAAACUUUGAUUUCUGACGCAGUUGGUCAUCUAUUUUUCAAUAUUCUACAAACACAAUGUUUCAAAAACGAACAUCCCAUUGUUAAAUGUCUGAAAAAAUGGGGAAUACCAAUUGUUAGAGAUAUAUGUCAGGAGUACGAGUUAGAUGAGAAUAAAUCGAAAAAAUUUCAGUUUUUUGAUGGGAAAAUGUAUCAAGGAAAACACGAACCAUCGUUUCUGAAAGAUCUUCUCUCACAUUAAUGGUAAUAAAGCCAUUUUGCUACAGAAAAUUCUUGGAUUAAUAAAUAUGUAGUGAAGAAAACUUAAAA